AUGGAGUUCAGGCUAUCAGAUAUGAUACCAAAUGCCUGGUUUUACAAGCUCAAGGACAUGAGUAGAACCAGAAAGCAAAACUCAAUACACCCCACAAAGAAAAAACAUCAACCCAUAUCAUCAUCAUCAUCAGCAAAGCAGCCCCACGUCUCCCAGCAGAGGAAAUCCUACUACUUUACAAGAGACCUUACUCCACAACCAAGUCAUAUCACAUUCUACAACAACUUAGCCUCAAGCCCCAAGGUCUCAGACGCUCAUUUUCCAGACCCGCCAAGAAAAUCAUCCAAGAAGAGACGUAGCACCAAGAGAAACAGAUCCUCCAACAGGUCAUCCCCGAGGCUCGUCACCUCCUCUAUGUCAGCCGGUUGCAGCUGUCGAACCAGUCUCGAAUCCGUCUCGACUAAACCCGAUUCAACGGCCGAGGAGUACCCGAAUUCCCCUCCUGAUAGCUCCUCUGAGCAUGAAUCACUCUUGCCUGAGAUUGGCUCUGACCGUNGUGCAGAUAAGCUUCUCAUGCUCUCCUCUUGA